AUGAUAUAAAAACAUACGGGAGACUGAGUUUAAUAUCAUUCGACUUACAAACUCACAAGAGAGCACAAAUUAAUCAGACACAAUGCAAGUCAUCAUCUUCUCCGCCUUACUGAUGGUCGCUGCUGCGCAAGAGUUCUACGUACCACCGUACGCUCAAGAUACAGGUUAUCUCCUUGAAGAACCAAUGUAUAAUGAUGAACACGCAUUUACCAGUGACGGGGAAACAGAACCGUUAUUCGGAGUGCACCCCAGGUUCCGUAGAGAAGUUAGCAUCGACCCAAAGACUGGAGAUCUCACUGCUGACCACAAGAUGGACAACGGACGCGUGUUCGGAACUGUUGGCUCCAACGAUGCUGGCUUAUUUGGCAAAGCGGGCUACGAGCACAACAUCUUCGACGACGCGCGCGGCAAGAUGGACGCGCAGGCGUUCGGCACGCGCACGCUCGGGCCCUACGGCGACUCCAGCGCGCUCGGCGGCGCGCUCAAGUGGCGCGACGACCACGCGCAGGCCUCCUUCGACAUCAACAAGCAGGUCCAUGGACCCACCUCGUGGACCGCAGCCGGCGGCGGCCAUUGGCCCGUAGGCAAGAAUGGAGACUUCGGCCUGGAAGGCACCUACAGCCGCAUGGCAGGCAUGAAUGACUACGGCGGCAGGGCUGUUUACAACUACCGCUGGUGAAUGAAGCAAUAGUAUUGAGGCUGUUGUAAUAUCCAUGUAAAGCGCCAUCUAGUAGUCGAUUGAAAAAGUAGUGUUGAGAGCCAUCUUUAGUCUCUAAUUUGCAAGGAAAGCGCCAUCUAGUAGUCUAUUAAAAAAGUAAUAUUGAGAGCCAGCUUUGGUCAUUUAAUUUACAAGGAAAGCGCCAUCUAGUAAUCUAUUGAAAAA